UUCCGCCCGCGCCGCCGCGGGGAAUCCGCAGUCGGGCCGCUGGCGAUGGAGCGCCUUCGCCUGUGGCUGCUGCUGCUACUCCUGUCCCCGGUGCAGGGCCGCCAAAAGGAGUCAGGUUCGAAAUGGAAAGUAUUUAUUGAUCAAAUUAACAGGUCUUUGGAGAAUUAUGAACCAUGUUCAAGCGAAAACUGCAGCUGCUACCUUGGGGUCAUAGAAGAGGAUCUGACUCCUUUCCGAGGAGGUAUUUCCAGGAAAAUGAUGGCAGAGGUAGUCCAGCGGAAGCUCGGGACCCACUAUCAGAUCAUUAAGAACAGGUUAUACCGGGAAAACGACUGCAUGUUCCCCUCCAGGUGUAGUGGUGUUGAACACUUUAUUUUGGAAGUUAUUGGGCGCCUCCCUGACAUGGAGAUGGUGAUCAAUGUACGAGAUUAUCCUCAGGUUCCUAAAUGGAUGGAGCCUGCUAUCCCAGUCUUCUCCUUCAGUAAGACAUCAGAGUACCAUGAUAUCAUGUACCCUGCUUGGACAUUCUGGGAAGGGGGACCUGCUGUUUGGCCAAUUUAUCCCACAGGUCUUGGACGGUGGGACCUCUUCAGAGAAGAGCUGGUAAAGUCAGCAGCACAGUGGCCAUGGAAAAAGAAAAAUUCUACAGCAUAUUUCCGAGGAUCAAGGACAAGCCCAGAACGAGAUCCUCUCAUUCUUCUGUCUCGAAAAAAUCCAAAACUUGUUGAUGCAGAAUAUACCAAAAACCAGGCCUGGAAAUCUAUGAAAGAUACCUUGGGGAAGCCAGCUGCCAAGGAUGUUCAUCUUGUAGAUCACUGCAAAUACAAGUAUCUGUUUAAUUUUCGGGGUGUAGCUGCAAGUUUUCGAUUCAAACACCUCUUCCUGUGUGGUUCACUUGUUUUCCAUGUUGGUGAAGAGUGGCUCGAAUUCUUCUAUCCACAACUGAAGCCAUGGGUGCACUAUAUCCCAGUGAAAACAGACCUCUCCAAUGUCCAAGAGCUGUUGCAAUUUGUGAAAGCAAAUGAUGAUAUAGCUCAAGAAAUUGCUGAAAGGGGAAGCCAGUUUAUUAUGAACCACUUGCAGAUGGAUGACAUCACCUGUUACUGGGAGAACCUCUUGACUGAAUACUCUAAAUUCCUGUCCUAUAAUGUAACAAGAAGGAAAGGCUAUGAUCAGAUUAGUCCCAGAAUUUUGAAAACUGAACUCUAGUGGUUGUGGUACCAUAGUCAUCUCUAUGCCUGCAGAUUGCAGAUGUCCUAUGGUGAGAAGCUUAUCAUGAGCGUGGCACCUGUACCUUGAAUACUAUUUAUCAAGCCAAAUAUCUCUUUUUCCUUAUCAUGCUGCACCCAGUGCAACUCUUAAGAAAGAUUCAAAAUGUGAAUAAUACACUGACAUGAAGCAGCUCCACCCUUAAACUGAAGGAACAGAAAUCAUGAGAUGUGUAUUUGACCCUGAUUCUACCUUUCAUUGUCUACAACCAAUCACAGCGUGUGCCUCAGGUCAUCUACUUGUGUAUGUUCAUCACCGUGAAACUGACUCUGUCCAUUAUUAAGAUGCCUCGUGUGCCAUCAUCUGAAGCAGAAGAUUCAUUUGGAACUAGUGCAACUCAUCUUCACAGUUCUCAAGUUAUUCUAGAAUUGACCUCUGUUACUUUAGUGGAAACUUUGUGAAAAAUACUUGGGGAUCAUUUCCUUAAUGGCCUAAGGAAGCUGUUGCUGUGCCAUGUAAUGAUGUAGGAGUUAUUGUUUAUAAAGGCAUAAACUCCAUGGUACUCAGGAGGUUUCUACAAUGACACAUACGAAGGGACUGAUUGCAUGAGUAAUUGCAAUUGGAUUUCAAGUUUCCUGUUUGUGCCUUCAUGCCCUUCUUAUUUACAAAGAAAAAGAAGAGACAACUUCUUAAUAAAUUUAGGAAGUAGUUCUCACUUUGUAAAGAACUGCGAUAAGAACACCACCUCUUUCUUAACCUUUGCACACCCAUAAUAUUUUUCCUUCUUAAACUGGCAGUAUCAGGGGCCAACAUUGUGGUGCAGUCAGUUAAGCCACUGCUUGCAACCUGGCAUCCCAUGUCAGGGUGCUGGUUUGAGUCUCAGCUGCUCCACUUCCAAUCCAACUUCCUGAUAACGUGUCUGGGAAGGCAGCAGCAGAUGACCCACGCCACCCAUGUGAGAGACCAGAAUGGAGUUCUGGUUCCUGACUUUGGGCUAGCCCAGACCUGAUUGUUGUGGCCACUUGGAAGUGACCCAGCAGAUAGAUGAUCUCAUUCUCACUCUCCCUGUCUUCUCCUUCCCUCCUUCCCUUCUUCUGUUGCUCUUUCAAAUAAAUAAACCUUUAAAAAAUAAAACAGCAGCAGCAAAGGUCACCUUUAAGUGCUGUGCAGGGACCACAAGAAGUCUUCAUAUGCAAGCAUGUCAUUAAGUUGGUAGUUUAGAGAAUUCAACUUACAUAGGAGGUGUUUGUUUUACUGCAAGUCCAUGUUGGGGUGCCUCCCUUUUCCUUUUUUACAGUUUUGAAUGAGACAUUUGGUUAGCAGUUUAAAUCUCAAGGUGCUCUCCCUGAUUUAAAAAAAAAAAAUGAUAAAAACUUAAAUUUAAACUCUGUAGUCUGAGGCCCUAGAGCCAUUCUUGUCCUUUAAGCCCGGUGUUUCCACAGGUGAAUCCAACUCUUUCUUUGCCUCUUUAGAAUUACUUGAUAUUAGCUGAUUUCAAAAUUAGCAAAUGUGAGAUUCAGCCACAUAAAACAGAGAUUUUAUUUCAUUUGUCAGAAAUAUAUUUGUCAUUUUUUAACUCUACAGAUUCUUCAGUCUAAAGACAUUCUUAGAGGUCUUAAUCAUCCUGGUAAGAUGUUUGCAUGGAAUAAUGCAGGUGUUUAAGAUUUUGUUCUCAGGUUUUAAUUUUUUUAAAUUUUCUUAUUUUUUAAAGAUUUAUUUAUUUAUUUGAAAGAAUUACAGAGAGGCAGACACACAGAGAAAGAGGAAAAGGUCCUCCAUUUGCUGGUUCACUCCCCAGAUGGCCACAAUGGCUGGAGGUGGGCCCAUCCGAAGCCAGGAGCCAGGAGCUUCUUUUGGGUCUCCCAAGUGGGUACAGGGGCCCAAGGGCUUGGGCCAUCUUCUGCUUUCCCAGGCCAUAGCAGAGAGCUAGAUCUGAAGGGGAGCAGCUGGGACUCGAACUGGGGCCCAUAUGGGAUUCUGGCACUGCAGGAGGCCCCACCCACUAUGCCACAGUGCUGGCCCCUAUUUUCAUUAUAUUUGAAAGGGAGAUACAGAGGAAGAUUGUCCAUCUACUGAUUUGCUCCCCAAAUAUGUGCACACUGGGGCGGUCAAGCUGAAGCCAGGAGCUCAAUCCUUAUUUCCCUUGUGAAUGGCAGGGACCAAAGUUCUUGAGCCAUCAUCUGCCACCUCUCAGAGUGCACUUUAGCAGAAAACUGGAAUCUGAAGCAGAGCAAAGAUUUGAACCCAAACAUUCCAGUAUAGAAUGUGGGUGUUUCAAGCAGAGUCUGCUGAGUCAAACAUCCACCCAUUUUGUUUGUGUUUUUGAGUACUAACAAUUCCCAAGGACAGGUCUUUGGGUGCUGUAAGUCUAGCAAUAGGCAAUCCAGAUGUCUGAGUUGUUUUGUCUUGUCACCGUGAGGCCCUGUUAGAUGUAAUUCUCUCUGUAAUUGAAUUUUCUUCUCACUUCAAUAGGAACAAAAUUUGCUGCCCUUUCUAGUAGAGCUUAAUUUCCAUGGAAAUGCUUCUCAUUUUGCUUCAAGUUACAGCUCAAACAUCACCUCUCUGAAUUCUUUCUUUCAUUUUUCUAGGCAUUUAAAUGCUAUAGUAACAUUUUGCUCAUGCCUGCAUUAUAUGAUAUCACUUGGCACUGUAGUUAACUGUUUCUCCUAUUCUUUUGUGAUCUUAUUGGUGGGUGGGAAUCAUGUUUUAUUCAUCUUUUUUUUUUUUUUUUUUUUUGACAGGCAGAGUUAGACAGUGAGAGAGAGAAAGGUCUUCCUUUUUCCGUUGGUUCGCCCCCCCCAAAAUGGCCGCCACGGCCAGCGCUCUGUGCCGAUCUGAAGCCAGGAGCCAGGUGCCUCCUCCUGGUCUCCCAUGCGGAUGCAGGGCCCAAGCACUUGGGCCAUCCUCCACUGCCCUCCUGGGCCACAGCAGAGAGCUGGCCUGGAAGAGGAGCAACCGGGACAGAAUCCGGCGCCCCAACCGGGACUAGAACCCAGGGUGCUGGCGCCACAGGCAGAGGAUUAGCCAAGUGAGCUGCAGCGACUGCCUACUCAUCUUAAUAUCUGUUUUCUAGUACAGUGCCUCUCUUAGAGUAAAUACUAAAGAAUUGUUGGAUGGAUGGAUGGAUGGAUGGAUGGAGACAGUUGGUUUAAGUACACUCUAUUUACAGAUCAUCCAGCCAUUGGCUUCGGGGGGGAUUGGAUAAGGCUGUAAGAAUUGGAUCAAUGCAAAGCCUCACUUGCCCUUUGAAGAGUCUAUAAGGACAUCUUUUUUCUUUGCAGCACAUUCAGAUUUUCUACUUGUUUAUCCAUUUACUUAAGUGUACAUGGUCUGAGAAUGGUAACAAUGUGUACAAUAUAUGUUUUUGAAAAUAAUUUGUAUCCCCACAACUUUUGAAGGCUUUUGUUAUUGUCAUUAAUAACAGCUAAGUCUCAAACCUAUCUUUCUUCCUUAAUAGCUAAAGACUAUGCUCUUCUUCAAAGAGAGUACUUUGGUUUAUUUGAAUGAAGUGAGGUACACGGGUGACAAUUGUUAUGCUCUUCCUUUUUUUGUUUUCAGAAUAUCAUCUGUGUGAUGUCAGGUUUCCACCUUAUUCUACCAUAUCAGGUCAGAUUCUCUUAGUUUUCAAGUACAGAAAUUGCUUCUAAAACUUUUUAGAAGGAUAUGAGAGCAUCUCACAGAAAUCUGAAUAAUGUUGCAGUGGGUGGAAGUAUAGAAACAAGGGUAACUUUAGAGGUUACCUAAAGCCAGAAUUUCAGACUUUUUUUCACAGCACUGCUAUACUGCAGUUUUAAAGCCUGCC